UUUUGCAUUUUAAACAGGGAGAGGAAUCGAAGGUAAGAUUCAUCCCUCUCCAAAAAUAUUCAAGCAGUGGGGCAGAUGCUUUGGGGACAAGUCAAGAGGGCUGAGUGUUGGAGACACUGGCAUCCCAUGCAGGUUCCUCUGGUACCAGAAAUGUCUUCAGAGUCAGCUUCUGCCCAUGAGCGAUCCCCCUCGCCAGGCGCCCUUCGACUGCCAGAAGGUCGCCGCACACGGGAACGCUCUCCUUCCCCCAUGAGAGGAUAUCUCAUCCCCAGCCCUCUUCCCACUCGGAGGACUCGCACAUAUUCAGCGACAGCAAGAGCCUCUGAAGGGCCUACCUACAAGGGGGUAUGUAAAUGCUUCUGCCGUUCCAAGGGCCAUGGAUUCAUCACUCCAAUAGAUGGUGGUCCAGACAUCUUUGUGCACAUCUCUGACAUUGAAGGAGAAUAUGUCCUGGUGGCUGGAGACGAAGUCACCUACAAGGUGACCACCAUUCCACCAAAGAAUGAGAAGCUACAAGCUGUGGAAGUGGUCAUCACCCACCUGGCUCCCGGAACAAAACACGAGACCUGGUCAGGACGCGUGAUUGACUCCUAGAAAGACUCUCUCCGAAGCCACAUUGGCUGAGGACACUGAACUGUGGCCUUGUGCAACAACUAAGAUUGGCUUGAGCCCAGCAGAUGAGUUUUCUGCAUGCCGAAUGAGAUGAAAUGCCAUUGCAAACCAGGCAUCCAAAGGUGGCCAGAUUAAUCUUUCCUUUUUUGUAAUUAAAAAAAUUGAAACUUAAAAAGUAAGAAGAAUGGAAAAUUGCUCCUGACUUAACAAAUUUUCACCAGCAUCGUUUUCCACUAGCGGUUAGAUGCCUAUUGGUCUUAGAAAUACCAAAAUAUGAUAAAAUGACCUGAGUGCCUUCUAUAUGGCAAAGAGGAAUGGAGGCCUAUGGGAAUCAAAAAUAUUUGUGUUUUAGGGAUGAUAUAAACUAGUUUUUUCAGUGCCUUCUGGGUUUCUUGGCUUAAGGAAGCCUCUGUCACAAAAGCCGCAAAAAAAGGUCUCGGUUCUCUUGAUUUGUGCCUGAGUACUUUUUCUUUUUUAAAAAACCUUGAAAACUUAAAGACCUUUGGCUCAACAUUUGCUACCCAAUUUUAGUGCCCACCUCAGAUGGUUAAUAAUUGGGCUGAGCAAAACUGUCUCCAGUUUACUUUAAAAUGACUUAAAUAAAUGGAAAUAUAAUUUGUAGUUUUAGGCAACUCUGUACAUAAUGUAACCAGGUUUCUCUUCCCUGACUGCUUUUGAAUUCUGAGUCCUUUCAUAGCAGAUUCAUAAGCUGACAUGUGUUAUUAUCGUUUGUGCUGGAAUCUUUGUGCACAUGUAUACAUGUUUAAUUUGCCGCUAGCUUCCUGCGUCUCAAAAAGAUUUGUAGGAUUUCGCUUUCAUUUCAUCGCUGGUGUCAGUUGUGUUUGUUCAAGAGAAAAUGUUCUGAACACUGCUUGUUUCUCUUUUGACACCUAAGCGCCGGAUCCUUUGUGGAGGAGGUAGAAUAAAAAAGUUGGGAUGGCUCUCCCAGUUUGGAAAUUGUGUGGAUGUAUCUGUAAAGUUCAGUGCUACUUCUCAUAAAAGAAGACCCAUAAUUUGACAUGACAGAUGAUGAUAAUCACAAGUGGUAGUAAUAACAGACCUGUGGGAGAAUUGUGUUUGGCUCACGUUCGAAGUGAGUCAGCCUUAUUUACACUUUCUGGAUGGUUGUGCAGGUUAGAACACUAUUGCCUUUGGAUUCAUUAACCCCAUUGUGUAGAUUUGUGAUAAAAUUUUUUUGCAGUGGCGUUCUCAGUUCAAAUAGUGCAUUUGAUGUGCAUACAAAAUAAAUGAGUUUUUCAUUGUGCUUUUUUGUGGCAAGGGGAGGUUUAGACUGAAAUUGGAUGGAAUGGACUUAUGACUGAAUAAAUUCACAUCUGACAUCGAAA